AUGAUUUCUCAAUACGAGUUGCCCCGAUACGUUCCUGAUGGUAAUUUGCCCUGGUCGGAACUCUUAGCGGGUUCCCCCAUCGUUAUCGAUAACGGUUCUUUUGAAUGCCGUGCAGGGUAUGCGUCUCACCCUGAUCCGCAUCUUGUUUUCCGAAAUUUUAGUUACCGUCCCCGGAUGAGCAAAUCUGUGUUAGUCGGAAACGAUAUAUCUGAGCCAGAUGCUGUGGCUCAUGCACUAAAAUCACCCUUCAUGGACGGUUUACUCACUGGCAUCGAUUCACAAGAACACGUGUUGGAUCACAUUUUCGAUCGUUUGAGUGUGCAAUCACAUCUAGUCGACCACCCUAUUCUUAUUAAUGAAAUCCUGUGUAACCCCAGGGUUUGUCGUGCUCAGUUGAUGGAACUUUUGUUUGAAGGCUAUCGUUCUCCUCAUGUGGCCUUUUAUAUCGACUUUCUUGCUGCCUAUUAUGAGAACUGCAAUCGGGAAUGUUCAUUUGGUUCUCAAGUUUCAUCGUCAGAUUGUUUACUAGUUUCACUUGGUCACCAAACCAGCCACAUUGUGCCGCUCAUGUCAACGAGGGAUUCGGCGUCCGCUUCGUUCCAACCACUGUUUCAAGCUGCCCGACGACUUCACGUUGGCGGUGCGCACAUCAGUUGGAUUAUACAACGCCUGCUCCAUCUUAAAUAUUCAUGCCACACUGAGAGGAUCACUUUUGGAUUGUCCGAGCACCUGCUGCACAACUUCGGCAAGUUUGCUCUCAACUACAGGGAUGAACUCGAGCUGUGGCGAAAUCCGGAGUACCGACAAUCACAAACCAAAAUCAUCCAGCUUCCUCUCGCCCAGUCCGUCAUGAACGAGUUGAAUGCGGCUGCCGAUCGUAAGCGUGCGCAAUCUUGUCGUAUGCAAGAUCUUCAUCGAAGGCGGCACAUAGAACAGCUUGAUUCGACGCGCCUCAAAUUGAAUCAACUUCUCAUGUUGGACGAUGUGAUGGGUGAGCAACGGCAUGUUGAUUCGCGUUCCUUUGAUGAUUUACCGGAUGUGGUGAAGCGUGGAUUAAAACGCUUCAAUUUGAGCAGCCGUAUUGAACUCCAGAGGGAAAUUGAGACCUGCAAUUCUUCCAUUGCUCGAUUGAAGCAUCAAAUCGCAUUAGUCAAGCCGAGCGGGACUUCUGUCAGCCCAACACAGUCCCAACUCAAUACACUUCCCGAAAACAUGUCUUCAUCCAGUGCCUCCGCUAUCCUACAAUUAGUUGCAACAACCGGCACACUCAAGCCGAUGAGUGAGCUCAAUGAUCGACAAAAGCGAGCGGCGGAUUCACUGCUGUCACUCGCCUUGCCGGCUGCUGUCCAGGCACAAAUGGUCGCAACUCCCGUUCCGGGGGACUCCAAACUAAGCGAUGCCAAGCUCAGACAGCGGCUGCAUUUGGCUCAGGAGCUUGAAUCUGGUCGUGGGAGCGACUUUCUAAGCUGGCUGGUAUCAAUUCGGCAUAGGCGCCAGAAAGUGGCCAAGAGACGCACUUUUCGUCAAAGUCGUGUCGACUUAGCUACAGAAAUUGGUCUCCACUCCAUCCCAGCCGCUCAAGAGACCCCAUCAUCCUCUGUAGCAUCAAGGCAGCCUAAAGGUGGUUUCUCCACGGGAGUCGGGGCUGCAGCAUUUAGUGGCCUCACCAAGGACGAUGGUGCUUCUUUAAAAUCACAGGAGACUUCUCGUAACAUGUCCACUGAAGGCGAUGGUAGGGGAUCUAUGACUGAGCGGCGUCGCAUUCAGCUGGAGAAGAUUCGUGCGAUGGCCGCUGAACUAAAACCUACUCGCGGCCGUGGUUCCAAAACCUCCGUCUGCAGGCCUACUCCCCGUUUGACUCGUGGCGGUUCUGCGACAGGUGUGGGUCGCACAGAUCGUAGCCGUGGGUGCAGAGGACGCGGGAGGCAAGCCAAGCCCUUGCCGUCUGUGCCAGCUUCGAUGCCCAGAAAACGACUUGAAUUUGACCAAGAAGAAGUUGAUCACUUCGACGAUGAUCUCAUCGACCCGUGGGCACCAGUUUUCAAAGAAUUUGAUGAGAACGAUUCAAAUUCUGCUACCCCUAGUCCAUGGGACGCCGAUCCCGACGAUUCAAGCAAUCAUCCGCUUUCUCAACUUGAGGCGAAGAAGGUGCCUUGUUUAACUCCGUCGAUGAAUAUUCCAGGCGAUCCAAGUAUGAACGGGGAUACUGGCGACGAAUCUGAGAACGAGCGUGAUAAUAUUGCGGUUUUCGACGCAUUACUAGCUCUAUACGAUCCGGAAGUUUCCAAGUACUUGGGAACGGCUAAUCUGCACAUUUCUGUGAGGGAAUUUUACCAGAUCCACGUCGAUACCGAGCUGCUUCGUGCAUCGGAGGUGGUUUUCCGUCCGACCUUCAUUGGCAGUUCCGAAGCAGGAAUAGGCGAAACUUUCGAAUUUGUUCUGCGUGAUACAGCCAACCUUCUGGACAGGGAGUCAGCAGGGAUUUCUGAUGCACUGUGGCCACGUCGCGUUUUUCUAACCGGAGGUCUUGCUUCGUUACCAUGCCUUGCAAAGCGUGUCUUCUUGGAGCUUCGACCUCUGCUACCGUUUGGUACAGAGUACGACAAUUUGGAGAUCAUCGUUGCAGACAAUCCACGAUUGGAUGCCUGGCACGGGGCCCGCCGUUGGGCGUUGAACAAGGACAUCGGCAAUAUUUAUAUAUCACGUAAAAUGUACGAUGAGUAUGGCGCUGAUCGCUUUGUUCACCAUGCUUUGAGCAACCAGUAUUAA